AUGGCCGAAGCAAUCGGCACAGCGAUUGGCGUAGUCGGCUUCCUAGGCCAGCUCUUUGACGGCUGCGUGAAAGCGUACGGGUACUUUUCGGCGGCGGCCAACCUCGACGCCGACUCGCAGCGGCUGCUGUGCAAGGUGCGCAUCGAGGAGAUGCGGCUCGUCGUCUGGGGCCGCGAGUGGGGCGUCGCCGAGGGCCGGUUGGAGGCGCAUCUGCGCGUCAGCAGGGAGGCGGGCGAUCCGCGGAUGGCGGGGUUGGCGGAGGGGAUCAUGAGGGAGUUGCAUGCCACGGUGACGGAUUUUGGGCGGUUGAAGGAGCGGUAUGGGCUCGUGGAGGAUGUUGCCGAGGGGGGUCGGAUUGGGGCCGGCGGUGAUGGUGGUGGUGGUGGUGGUGGUGGUGGUGUUGGUGAGAAGGGGGUGGAAGGGAAGAGGAGGGAUUGGAAGAAGGAGAUUUCGAAGAGGGCCAAGUGGGUUAUUGCUGACAAGGAAAAGUUUACGGCCUUGCUGAAAGACUUGAAAGACUUCAACGAUGGCCUGGAACAGCUCUUCCCGCCGCGCUUCCUCCCCUCCCUCCACCGGUCCUGGCGCCACUCUCUCCUCGACUCGGCCCGCCGCGACGUCGCCCAGCUCGCCCUCCUCGAGUCCUCCUCUGCCGACUCGUACCCGCAGCUCACCGCCUCGGCAAACCUCAAAAAGCUGCGCAUCAACCUCGACGCUGAACCCCAGGCCUCCUUCCGCCCGACCUUUGCCUUUAGGAUCCCCCGUACGGACCUCGACCUCGGCUCUUGUUCCUCCCCGACGCCGACGCCGACGCCGAUGCCAGCGCCGUUGCUCUCACCACCCCUGACGACGCCGUCCCCCGGCACCGGAACCAAACGCCGCAACUCCUCCACCGCAAAGACAUCCCCCUCCCCCUCCGCCUCUUCCUCCAACCUCCUCUCCUCCCUGACGCUGACAGCAACCGCAACCCGCACCCACGCAACCCACAUCGCCCACGGCCCCGUCCUCGUAGAAUGGGUCGAAUACGACCCCGCCUCCCCCGACGAACGCUUCCUCCACCUCCGCCGCCUCGACGACCUCGCCCGCAUGAUGCACUCGGCCUCCUCCAACCACCCGGACCUGCACACAAUCGACUGCGUGGGCUACACCGACGACGCGGCCAAUGCCCGCUACGGCCUCGUAUACCGCUGUCCGCCCCUCCCCCUCUCUCACCCGUCCCCGUCCCCGAACCCGCUCUCGCUCUCGCCCUCGUCUCCCGUCACCAAGAGUAAGACCAAGACCAAGACCACUACCGCAGCAGCAGCGCCACCACCACCACCACCACAGCCAGCACCAGCACCAGAACAAGCAGCACAGCCAGCAGCGACAUCCCACUCAACCCUCCACGCCCUAAUCUCCUCCCCAGACCUCAAAACCCCCGACCUAGACGACCGCAUCACCCUCGCAUCAACCCUCGCCUGCGCCCUCUGGUCCCUCCACUCCCUAGACUGGCUCCACAAGUCCCUCUGCAGCGCAAACAUCCUCUUCUUCCCCUCCGCCGCCUCCCUCGCCGCAACCCGCGCAGCCACCGUCUCCGCCGCCGUCGUCCCGGACGUCGGCUCCCCCUACCUCGUCGGCUUCGACGCCUCCCGCCCAGACUUUGACGCCGAGAUGAGCGUCAGCCCGCGGAACCCCAGCAUCCUCAACCUCCACAGGGACCCGCGGUCGCUGGGCACCGGCCUUGGCAGGAGGCAGUACUGCAAGGGCUACGACGUGUACAGUCUCGGGCUGGUGUUGUUGGAGAUUGGGUUGUGGAAGGUGCUGCAAACGUACUACAAGCCGCAUUACUCGGGGGAGAAGUGGAGGGACAGGGUCGUCUUGCCAGUCUUGGUUCCAGGACUGGGGAGCAAGACCGGAAAGCUUUACAAGCAAGUGGUGGAAAGAUGUCUUACGGCCAAAGACGACAUGUCCAGCAGUGAAGCUGGCCAGCUCAUGGAGUGGGUGGUUACGACGUUGGAGAACAUACGCACAUGA